AUGGAGGCCGCUGGACUAGUCCUCGGUGCUGUCGCACUGAUCAAACCCAUAUGUUCCACGAUAGACAACACCCUGACCAACUAUAGCAACUUCGGGAAGGAUGCCGACCGCCUCCGGCUGCGAUUUUCGAUUCAGCGAACCCGACUAGGCUCUAUGGAACGAGUUCUGUUUGAAGACAGCAAGUUUGCGCCGGCCAUGCCCGGUUGCUUGAUCGAGCACCUGCCAAAGACGGUUUGCGAUGAUAUCCUGGGGCUGCUAAGAGAGCUCUAUGGACUCUUGAUGGAAUACGCUGCGGUGAGAGGACAGUACAAAGUGCAGGACCGAUCUGAGAGCCUCGAACUUGGUGACUUGGCAUCCAUGUCGGAAGACGACCGCGUCAAGAGUCUUUCAUCGUCAAAAAAGGAGUCCGCCAUUGCUCAGCAAAAGUCAGUGGGGUGGGCGAAGAAAAUGCUCUGGGUAGCCUUUGACAAAAGCAGUACCGAGAAGCUUGUAUCUGAGUUCGAGGCCUGGACCGAAAGAAUACAGACCUUACUUGAGGCAGCGUGGUGGCCAUCGACUUUCUUUGAGACAUUGGAGAGGCUUCAGAAACUCGAAAAAGAUGUCGAUGCAGGAUCUAUAGGGCUUCUGCGGGGCAUUGAGCUGAGGAAGCUGGUCAUCACGGCACCCGCAGAUAUCUCCCCUGGAUCAUACGCGAAAGAAGCACUUUUGAGCGACUUGUCCAUCACGUCCAAACUCCCCAACUUUGAGCUCGGCAAUCUCGAAGGCUCGGAUGAGUGCUAUCUAAUCGAGUCAAAGGGUUACAUACCAGACUCGGGCAGUGCUGUGAGUGCGGUCGUCGUCCGGGAGCGCGUAAUUCAGUUGGCCGCCCUGCUGCAUGAUGCUCCAUCGAGCGACCCAGCUUUGGCAGUCCUCCCAUCUCCCAACGCCUAUUAA